AUGGAAGACCUCCAAUCUACAGCAAGAUGGGCAAACCGUGUACUGCGCCCUCUGACCUCCAUCUGCCGUCGAAUCGAAAAGCACCAAAAAACGCUAUCCAUGAUCGCAACCGAGUCGAGGCAACAAGAGGCAGCACAGGAAAAGCCGGCAGUGGACACAGGGCAGAAAACAGAUCGCGGGGACAUUUUUUCAACUUCCGAGGCAGACGACAAUGAUCCAGUCUGGGUUCCAGGGAAAAAGCCGGAACGGCGCCGCGCGAGACACAAAUACUCAUCCAGAGGCGAGGGAAAUGGUGGAAAGAGGUGCAACAGACUAUCGCUUCAAAGCCCAGAAGCGCCGCGCACCCUGCCCGGCGCCAUCGAGCUCGCGACACCACUAAUCACUGGAAGGCGAUGGGAGAUGCCCUCGAGCGCACAGUCGCAAGGCUCCGUUGACCGAUCGAAGCCUAUACCCCAUCCUGCACAGCAGCAAGCAUUUCGUGACCGAUACUCGCUGUACAAGAGCCCUUGGCAGGAAUUGCUUGACGAAUCUGGCGAUCCGACCUUCGCCGACAUAGCCCACAAUCUCGACCGUGUUUUCCAAAACUUCCUGUUCAAUACUCAAAUAUCCAAGCGCGAAGCGAAUCCCGUGGCAGAAAAGGUCAAUCGCGGAGCCCGAUCUUUGAUGUCCAUGCUGGUGCGACGUCUGCCCGAGUUCAUCGCUAUCGAACAGAAAGCACAAGACGAGCUGGACGAAGAUGGAGAUGAAGAUAUGUGCGAUGCAUACUUUACAGAAUUAGAAACAUUUUAUGCGCCUCAUGGUUCCGGGUGGAAGCCGCUCCGUGAGGCCGUUCGCGCGCAGGGUAUCUAUUUAGUUGCUUCGAUGAUACAGAAUCAUUGGGUGACAGAUGCAAUUGCCUGUGCAUUGAUUGAGAAGUGCCACUCUUGCGCUCCUGAUGCUUGUCAAUCUCUACUUUCUACAAUUCUUUCCACACGCACCACCUAUCCAUACCCAAAUGCCUUGAAGUCUCCAGAUCAACCUAGUUCUUCUGGUGACCCGGUUCGAUUAUUGCGCAAAUAUGCGCACCAUGGGGUUGCCCCUCGGUCUUUCAUUUUCGAUGAACUUGCAAAGCUUCUUUCACGGGGUGUGUUGCCUCCUGAAUGGAUGGCGACCAAGCCAUGGACCGUCUGGGUGACACGAGCGACGAUAUCGUUUUCGAAGCAAGAUGAUGACUGUGAUGCGGCCUCAAGGCUGAUAGAAGCUGUCAUUCUCUCAGCGAGCGAUGUGCGUUCCGUUACUGCUGCUCAGUCUUCUCAAAGGUUCCCAACGAGACGCAAAACCAAGAGUGCCCGUUCCCGUGAUACCAGGGCUUCUUCCAUAAGAGCAUGGCAAAACCCGCAUCUUGCGCAAACCUGCCCCUUGCAAGUCGAGGAAGCGCUGAGCAAUCAUGUCAUAAGCCUCAUGGCGGCGAUGUGUGGUAUGCAUAUCUCGCGGUCUCGUGCCAGCGAUGACACUGAACGCUCGAAUGGAACAAAGCCAGGCCAUAUUAUCCGCUACAUCACACUUGCUCUACAACGAGACAUGGACUUAAAGCCUCUCUCUCAGCGGCCGGAUCUUACACCCCAUCAAUUAUUACGGCGCGGCUGUAUCUUACUAGGAACCAGCAUUGUACAGUGCAAUGACACAAUUCUGUCUGAUGAUACCCCUUACAUGAUACCGUCAACAACCAGUAUUGAUGAAUGUGCGCGGACCAUUGUGUCUCGCACAGACAUGAUUAAAGAGAUGGCAUUUUUUGUGAAGCAGGCAUUUCGUUGCUUCAAGACCGGCACAGAAACCGAGCAUGACCGUGUGAGCGAAGAUAUACGUUGCAUGAUUUACCAACUUUCCCGCUUGGCGGAUAGGCCAGGCCUGUCUUCCUUCCUUGGACAAGUUGCUGCAGAAUCGGCCAUGGUAUUUGCAGAGGCCACGGAUGAUCCCGAAGACCAUGUUUGGGCAAUCGGGGCUCAAGAGACGGUUGUCACAAUCCAAAGCCAAAAGGAAUCUGAGGAAGGCUCUGAAGAAAACUCCGAAUUUGAGGAGUCUACACAGAACAGGAGCUUGUUCCGUUGGGAAGAGAGCAUAGACGAGUGGGUGGCAUGUACGCCAGUAACCAAGGCAAAGCCCAUUCUAGUGCAAAAGUCCUCAAGGCCGUUUAUGCGGAUGCUAUCAAGCCCAGUACACUGUAUUCCUUGCUCUGAGGACAGCAGCUCAUCUAGCACUGAUAGCUUUGCAGACUAUAUCUCGAGUGUGACCUCAUCUCCUUCAUCGGUGGCCGCCCCUCUUCCGAUGGCCCCCAAGCGAACAUUCGAAGACACGGAUUCCGUGCAGCUUCCGCCCAGAAAACGACAACGACCUGCUCCAUUUAUCGUGUUCGAUAAUGAGGAGAGUAGCGAACAAAGAUGGUCGCCUUCGCCUAAUAGAUACAACUUUACAGUGGAACCAGUCUCUCGCCGUAUGGCCCUACGAGAAAGGCGCAAUGUCAAUAUGCGAAUGCCCCCUGCAAAGCAAGGCAACAAGGUCGAAGUUGUGAUCAUCAAUAACCGAGAAACUCGCACACGGCAGGAUGCACCUCGACCCGCAUUGGAGCGGGGUGAGAAGCAAAUCCAUCGCACAGUGGAGAGACGAAGGCCUGCGCGCUCUCCCAUUCCACCCCUGUCUAGAAGUGUUCGGCGACCGACCUCCCAACCGGUUAUCCCCUGCUCCCAGGACGAGGACAGUGACGAUGAGCUCAGUUUCCUGUGA